AUAAUAUAUUUUUGUGCGAGUGCGUUUUGUAAUAUAUAGAUAAAAAUGAACGUCAAAACAACAGUCACAAUUAUGUUCGUAGUCCUACAGCUGACUAGUAGUAACCCAGCCAAGAACAACGCCAGACCAGUCUAUGAAGUCAUCAACGAACAGCGAGAGGAGAAAAAGGUCAACCCUGGUCCGGUCACCUUCGGAAAUCCUCUAGCCGGCCACUCGAUCCAGAACGCUAAGCUCUACGCUCAAAACCAGCAAGCUAUGUUCAACGCCGAACGGGUCAGACAGCACAAAGCUCAGCUACAGCGAUGGACGAAGUCGCCACAACAAGAUAGCUACAUGAAAGCUUAUCACGAGUCACAAGAAAGCCAUCAGUUAGCUGUCGAAAAAGAGCAAUCCGACUUAAAAACUCCAACUAAAAGACAGGACCGCAGACGCGGCAAAGAAAACAGUCCAACUGAAAAAACAAGAAGCCAUCGUUCCCAUGGCUCACUAGAUUAUCAAUAUGUGCCAAGGUAUAAGACUGUUUACGUCUCUCCAGGCACUACUUACGAUCAAGGCGUUACGAUCAAACCAAACGGGAUUGCGUACGUUGAGACAGAUGAAAACAAACUUUAUACAGAAGCUAUGCCGAGCAAAACUCAAUAUGUCCACCCCAAAGACUAUAGUCACGCACAAAAUUACGAAACAUCUGAUAUAGCAACAUUAAACGCAUUAUUGGAACAGAAUCCACAAGAUCAACUAACAAAUUUCAAUGCCAUGUUACACGCUAACGAGGACAAAGAACAUUUACAAACGCCUGUGGAAUUGUUUUUCUAUAAUAACGCGAAUAAUGUUUAUCACCCAACUAACGGUGGUUAUGCAAGCUACGCGCCCAACGCGUAUACACAAGAGACUCGUUACAAAGACCACACACCGAUCAAAGAAGACGUAGAAGACAUUGAGGACCCCAAUAAACACACCACAGUUAAAAACUACGGGGUCCAACCGACAACUAAGCUCCCAGACGAAGACAGCACUAUACCUUAUUACAAUAACGCAGGACCGACUACACAGAGAGUAGUGGAAGAGAAACCUAAAUAUCAAGCCGUGAAAUACGAAAAACUGUAUCCGUUUCAAGACUCAAAAGAUAGCGAAUCAGGGAUUUACAUGCACCACAACACCGAGAACCAGGGAGUUCAUCGCUUGAAUCAAGAUGGAGUCGAGGUUUCCGCGUAUGACGAUGCCGAAGUAAGUAUAAUCAGAAAUCGUAGAUCCAUUUUAGAUACUGAACCGUUUAUUCUAAACGAUACAGUUAAUCGAUUUGAAUCAAAUAAAACUGCAACAAAUAAGACCUUAGACAUUGAGGAACUUUUGCCUGUAGCGGAAGAACUGAAACAGCCAAUAAGCUUACAGCAUUUUAAACGGGUUCCGUAUGAUUUUGUUUCUGAAUUAGAAACGCCGACUGAUACUGACUAUUAUGAUGACGGCGAAGACGAUUACGAUUAUGAACCAGAAUUCGACUAUAUAAAUGACAAUCGAUCCCCGAUUUUCGUAUUGCCCAAUAAGAACCCAAGUUCGGAUCUUACAGCUAGUUUCUCCAAUAAACGACACAGUUCGUGGAAAUCGCCCCCUUCAUACGGUCCCAACUUAAACGAUUUCUCAACUUCUUACGGUGUACCGUAUCAAAUCUACGACCCAGAGUACGGCGUUCCGAGCUUUGAUCCCUCAAAAUUCCAUUCUCAUUCUUAUGAGUUCCCUUCAGAAUUAAAGGAACCUGUUUACGUUUUAACUGAAACACAACUGAAGAGCCUUAUAGGACAUCAUAAUUUGAAUGUACAGCAUUCAGAUUUUCACCAGUUGGGUAAAGAAAAGAGGAAACAUCGACCUAGGAAGUACAGGAGGCGACCCUAUAGCCAUGUCCCGAAGAGAAUCAAGAAAAAUCUUUAUAAGCUACACAAAAUAGCGGCACUCCAGUACGCCGCGAACUAUGAAUUCGGCUAUAGAGUUAGAGAUCACCACACAGGCAAUUAUUACGGUCACCACGAGGCGAAGAAGGAUGGUAAGACGAACGGGCAUUACCACGUUUUGCUGCCCGACGGCAGGAUGCAGAAGGUUAAGUACACCGCAGGCCCUGACGGGUUCCACGCUGACAUUAGCUAUGACAAUAUGACGGAACAUUAAUUAAAAUAGUUUACAGUUAGAAUACCUACAUUAAUUGUAUUCCAAAGACAAAGAUAUAUGUCCUUUAAAGAUCAGGAACUUUGUUUUAAUCCUCAGUAUGUAUGUAUAAUUUCGGUCAGGAAGCUAUCUUAAAUAUUAGCUAUUUUAGUGCCAAAAGAGUGAUUAUUCACACAGCCACUAAUAUAUUUAAGAAUAAAACCUUAAUGUCAGAAAUUAAGAUUUGUAAGCGCAGGGAUUUUCGAAUAAAGAAUUGCUUAAUUCAGCCUAAUUCGUUUAAAAUAACUAUGAUAAUACGAUGAUAAAUGGUCGUAGUUCAAAAAUGUCUAAAAGACACGAAUUUUAUACAUAAAAUUGACAACAUUUAAAAAUAUCCAACUUAUUAUUAUUUUAGAAUGUAUAAUUAUUAAACGAAAAUACCUAAACUGAAAUAUAAGAACAAAAUAAAUGUCAUAUUGACAUUUAAUUUUAAUUCUAAUUGAAUCCUUUAGAACCAAAACAAUACAAUGUAAUUCGGAAAAUCCUGUUGCUGUGAAAUCACUUUAAUUGUACAAUUUCAAAAUAUACAUUCAUUAUAAUUUAGCAAAAACCAGUUUUAGCAAAGUGUUAUUGUUUAUUUAUGUCAAUACCUAAUUUAUUUCCAAUUUUAUGUAAGAAUUUAUGUAGAUAAAUUGUUAAGUUAGUUUUAAGGUUGUAAAAUGAAACAAAAAAAACAUCAAUUAUUUAUUUAAAAACAAAUACAUUUCUUGCCCUUGAUUUGAUUUUAUUUACUCACACAUAAUUUACGAGUGAAGAGAUCGUUUCCGUCGAACCACCGACAGACCGAAAGGGGUUUAGCGAAUGACGCCAAACUUUUAAUGUAAUGAUGAUAUUCUUUUUUGAAAUCUGCUGUAAAAAGAACCGAUUAAUUUUAUAAUCGUUUCUCAGAAUUCUCACUUCUAACUUCACUCGUUCAUAUUGCAAACUUUUCUUUCACAAACCAUAAUCAAGUUUUAUUACGUUUUCUAAUAAAACCUAACAACGAUUUAUAAGUUAACAACGUUUAUUUAUUCAGAAAAAAUAAAACUUGAGUCAUUUUGAGUUCUACACGAACACACGCUUAUCUGUGGUUAGGUUUGUAAUGGCGCGAAAUCUACUGUCAGCUGAAUUUAUACAUUAUGACCGAUCAUGGCACACAAUUUGGAUAUUAAAAGAGAAAAUGGAAAGCCGUUAUUCAAACGAAGACUUGUCAUUUCGUUUGAAAGGCGACAUUUUUGCUUCCCGUGCAUUAUGUAAGUAUGUAAUUAUUUUGAUAUUAUGGCCGUAAUUACACACACUUUAACGUCAUUUUCCUUACAUGUUAUCUUGCAGAUCUAAUGAAUCGGCACAAAUGUGGUUACGAUUUUUAUGGUGUCUUACUCAUUACUUCCUCUUAGUACUUAGUACCUACUAAGUAGUACAGUACUUACUCUUUCUUGUUUAAUAAAUUACCCGUUGCAGUUAUUUUUUCUUGCUAAAUAUCAUUUAAAUUAAAGGGUGAAAGGUUACUUGGUCUAAGCGACAUUUAUAUUUGUAACUAAAGUUUUGGUACUUUGAUAUUAUCAUCAACAGUUCGAUGUUUUUAAUUGAACUUCAAUUAAGUUUACUCCAUU